UUCUUUUUCAUGGCAUGGGCUUUCAAUCCCACCCUGUAAAUAUCUGUGCUUGCUCCGUAUUUACUUACAAAUUAAAUAAGCUCUCUGUCUCUCUCUCUCUCUCCCUCUCCAUGGCUAGUGAGCAGGAAAUCUCAAAUGCUUCGCGCAUGCACUACAUGACCGAUGACGACCCCAGCGAUACUAGUAGUGAAGAGGAAGAAGUAGCAGAAGAAGAAGAUCAUGGAGACGAAAAUGAAAGCACGCAUAUUAAUGAUUGUAAAAACAAUAUGUAUUUCAUGUGCGUGCCUCGCCGGAGGCCGGGAGGGUGGUCCCUAGGGCAGGUCUUGGACCCGAGGGCCAAGUGGGUUCAAGAAUGGAACAGGGUGUUCCUCUUGGUGUGCGCCACGGGACUCUUCGUCGACCCUCUCUUCUUCUACGCGCUGUCCAUAAGCGACACCUGCAUGUGCCUCUUCAUAGAUGGGUGGUUCGCCAUCACGGUCACGGUGCUCCGGUGCAUGACCGACGCCUUGCACGUCUGGAACAUGUGGUUGCAGCUCAAGAUGGCCGAACGGUCCUUUGCCGCCGGGGGGAUGAGUGGGCAUCUCAGGCCGGAUACCACUGCUCGCUCUGUGGCUCUCCGGUACUUGAAGGCCAAGAAGGGUUUUGUCUUUGAUCUCUUUGUGAUUCUUCCACUUCCACAGGUUGUUUUAUGGGUAGCUAUUCCCUCUCUUCUGGAAAGAGGACAAGUAACCAUUGUGAUGACGGUUUACUUAAUCAUAUUUCUUUUCCAAUAUCUACCAAAGAUCUACCAUUCUGUCCGCCUCUUGCGUCGCAUGCAAAACCUCUCUGGCUACAUCUUUGGAACAGUUUGGUGGGGAAUAGCCCUCAACUUGAUUGCAUAUUUUGUAGCCUCGCAUGCGGCGGGAGCAUGUUGGUACUUGCUAGGAAUCCAAAGAGCUACACAAUGCCUGAAAGAGCAAUGCAGAGCAACUAAUAGUUGUGGUUUCAGAAUGCUAUCUUGUAAAGAACCUAUAUAUUACGGAACAAGAAGCAUGGUGAGAGAUGGAGCUAGAUUGUUAUGGGCAGAGAACAAGCAAGCAAGGUCUACCUGCUUAGAAAGCUCUGAGAAUUAUCAGUAUGGAGCCUAUAAAUGGACUGUUCAAAUUGUUACAAACGAUAGCCGCUUGGAGAAGAUACUUUUUCCCAUCUUUUGGGGUCUAAUGACUCUUAGCACCUUUGGGAACUUGGAGAGCACUACAGAAUGGUUAGAAGUUGUUUUCAAUAUCAUCGUUCUAACCAGUGGACUCCUUUUGGUCACCAUGUUGAUUGGAAAUAUCAAGGUGUUCUUGCACGCAACUACGUCAAAGAAACAAGCAAUGCAAUUGAAAAUGAGGAAUCUAGAGUGGUGGAUGAAGAAUAGGCGGCUGCCUCCAGGGUUCAGGCAGCGAGUGCGUAACUAUGAGAGGCAAAGAUGGGCUGCAAUGCGAGGAGUUGAUGAAUGCGAGAUGAUAAGUAACCUCCCUGAAGGCCUUAGGAGGGAUAUAAAGUACCAUCUCUGUUUGGACUUGGUUAGACAGGUUCCAUUGUUCCAGCACAUGGAUGAUCUGGUCCUAGAGAACAUCUGUGACCGUGUCAAGUCCCUCAUAUUCACCAAGGGAGAAACAAUAACUAGAGAGGGCGACCCAGUUCAGAGAAUGCUAUUUAUAGUGAGGGGUCAUCUUCAAAGCAGCCAAGUUCUUCGAGAUGGCGUUAAGAGUUGCUGCAUGUUAGGCCCCGGAAACUUCAGUGGUGAUGAACUUCUUUCAUGGUGCCUGAGACGACCUUUUAUCGAGAGGCUGCCGCCAUCUUCAUCGACAUUAGUGACUAUUGAAACAACGGAAGCGUUUGGGCUAGAAGCGGACGAUGUGAAGUAUGUUACACAGCACUUUCGUUACACAUUUGUGAACGAGAAGGUUAAGAGGAGCGCCAGAUAUUACUCGCCUGGGUGGAGAACAUGGGCGGCCGUGGCGAUUCAAUUGGCAUGGAGGAGGUAUAGGCACCGGUUGACGCUGACUUCUUUGUCAUUUAUUAGGCCAAGGAGGCCCGUUUCUCGGUGUUCUUCAAUGGGAGAGGACAGGCUCCGGCUUUAUACGGCUUUGUUAACUUCACCAAAGCCCGAUCAAGAUGAUUUCUUCAACUAUUGAAAUUAAUCAAAAGCUAGCUAGCUCAUGUAUGCAGGCUUCGUGAAUAUUUCACUUAAUUUGCUUGAUUUGGCAAUAAGUACUUUACACUUCUAUGUUUCCAUUACUUCGAUAGAGGAUGGGAAAACAUGGCUCCUCCUAGCUUGUUCUUGAUUCCUAAAAUGAAUUUUAGGUUAAAAAUAAAGGGAGGUUCGAAAUAUA